AUGUUCGGAGGAUUAGUUUUAUUAUUAAUGAAUGAUUCAUUCAUUACGAACGGAUCAGAUUUUAUUCGAAAGGAUUCGUUUGAAAUUUCUACAUCCAAUCACGAACUGAAAUUAAUAGAAAUUUAUUCCAAUACCACUUCUUCUACUGAAAUACGAAACGAUUCAUCAAUUUGUCAUCCAAUUUUAUUAGAAAUGGGAGCCGAAAGUUCUUUAGGUCUUUGUGAUGAUCAAGUUUCGUCCAAAACCAUCGCAGCAAUCUUUCUCUUUGCCCACACCAUCCUCGUUAUUGUCACUCUCUCUGGCCUUCUCUACAAAUUAUGGAAAUUACGAAACGACAUUUCGAAUAGAGAAGCCAACUUUCUAACCAUUACCAGAAAUCCACUUUUAAUGACAUUAGGCUCCUUAAUUGGAUGGAGCUAUAGUCUUGUAAUGAUGGGAAGAGUACUCAUUGGACGAAAGGUUUAUCCAUGUUUCUUAUUCAUGUUUGUUUUCUAUAUGGCAGUUCCUGGAUUGGCAAGUACGAUCAUUAUCAGAUGUUUGAGAUUGAUAAUUUUAUCGAGGAUGAAUGAAUUGAAAGUCAAGAUUGGGAAUAGAGAGAUGAAGAGUGUGCCGAAUCAAGUGAAUGAUAAAUUGGAAAGGAAAUAUUCGAAUGUUGUUGUGGAUGGUGGAGUGGUGGUUGAAAGUGAAUUGAAAGUUGUGAGCUCUGUAACGAGUACGAGUACUCAGCAAGAUGCAAUUAAUUCUUCUCUUGACAAUGUGUCAGAAAGUGAGAGUGCUUGCACAAUUUCAGCAAUUCCACCAAGUAUAGAGCCACAAUCAAUGAAUAUUACAUUGGAAGAUUCUGUGAGUGUAAAUCAACCUGGAUAUUCGAAAUGGGAAUCAUUUGAAAGAAGAUGGCUCAUGAAAAUGUACAAAUUUCUAAUUAGUUCCAAAUUCAUAGCCAUCUGGUAUGCAUCCAUUGCAAUUAUACAUAUUGGAAUUUACAUUAUCAUUGGAGCAUUUGAUUAUUUCAAUUUCGAGAAUGGUGUUAACAAUUUUUCCAUUGAAGAACGACGAUCCAUGUCAUUUGUGUACGAUACUCGAAUUUUCUCAGUUGGAGGAUGUGGAAUUAGUUUCAAUUCAGUUUUAAUUUUUGUCAUUUAUUUGGCAGUUUAUGGAAUUGUGGCCAUUGUCAUGUCCAUUUAUAGUUUUCUGGUCAAGAAGGAUAUUUGGAAAGUUAAAACAGAGCUCAUCCUCAUUACACUCAAUUGGUUAAUCUUUUCAAUUCUGUACGGAGUUUUUUCAAUCAUUGAAGUGUUGAGCAUUCUCGUUGAUUAUUUCUUUCCAACAGUUGCUUUUAUUUUACUGGCAUGUGUCAUUGACACGUUUGUUUCAUGCACCAUUCCAGUAUUUUUCUAUCAACGUUCCAAGAACUCUAAAGUAGCCAACACUCGACAAGUUUCCACCUCCAACAUGCUUUCUAAAAUACUAUUUGAUAAGAAAUGGAAUGAGGAAUUCUUAAUCUUUUCAGAGAAGAGUUAUUGUCCAGAAAAUUUAAUGUGUUGGAAUUCUAUUGAGAUUUUUAGAGAAUCUUCUGAGAAAUUGAGAAGGAAACAUAUAAUUAGUAUUCUGGAAACUUAUUUAUUGGAAGGAUCUCCUUUGGAACUCAAUGUUCAACGUCAAAUAUUUAAUAAUUUUGAAAAUAUCACGUCAAUUGUCAGAUCAAUCAAAGCUCAAGAAGCAGAAUUGAAACGCUUAGCAGAGGAGAAUAAUAAGGUUGUGGGAACAGCUGUGGUAGCUCUGCAACGUAGAAAGUCAAUGAAAAUCAUUCAAAUUCCAACAAAUUUAUUCGAUUCCAUUCAGAAACAUUGUGAAAUUAAUAUGGCUGAUUGUUUUGAUAGAUUUUAUGUGCAACAUUGGCAGAAAUUAUGCAUGGAAUUGGAUGUAGAGGAGUGA